AUGAACAUCCCGACAGGUAACCGCGUGCUGCCGCAACCGAUCGAUAUCUCAGCGCAGCACGGCACCAACCCCAGUCUUGGAUUGCACACCAACGUGCCCGCGCCGCAGCCGCGUGCGGGCUCCGUGUUCCAGUCGUCCAAGUUCAGACGCGAGUCUCUCGCGCACUCCGGCGGGAUGGGUGGUGUGUCUUGGGGCUCCGUGACCAUCGGCAGCUGGCUCAAAGACGAGGUGAUGAUGAUGGGGCUGCUUGCGAACAACGGAAACGUCGGAAUGGGCGGCGUGGUAUCCAUGUCGCCAGUGGUUAACUCAUCGCACUACCUCCCGAACUUGGAGGCGGAUUACUGCCGUGACUAUUCGUGCUGCGGUCAGUUGUUACCCACGCUCCACGACCUUCUAAGACACUACGAGGAGGCCCACAUUUCUCCGUCCCCGCCCUUAGAGACCCCCCGAGUGAUGAGACCGAUGCAGAACAUCAUGGAGGCCGUUUCAACUAAUGAGGUCUUUUUGAGCCAGAACCAGCAAAACUUGCAGCUCCAGAACCAGAACGGUUUUCAGUUUGGCGUGAACGAAGAUACCAGUGACUUCAACUUCCAGUUCAGCAACGGCAACUUGAACUUCAACCCCGGCAUUUCCACCAGCAUGUUUGACACCGCCACCGCGGAGAGCCACAACUUCACACACAACAACGCGCAGUUCGAGGCGCCCGCUCCUGAGGUGCCCGCGCCGCUCCACACGCCGCAACCGCAGCACCAGCAAAUCUACCAGCAGCAGUUCCAACAGCAGUUUUCGCCACACCACCAGCCGCAGCCGCAGUUCCCGUCGCCUAACGCGCUGCUGCACCAGCAGCUCCACCCCAACGCACAUCAGGACGAUGAAGAUGCUGAGAUGUGCAUUGAUGACCCAGCGCGUCACCUCUACGUUAUGGAGAGGCAGGAGCACAAGCCGUUCAAGUGUCCGGUCAUUGGCUGCGACAAGAACUACAAGAACCAGAACGGGUUAAAGUACCAUCGCUUGCACGGCCAUCAGAACCAGAUGUUGCACGCCAACCCCGACGGCAGCUUCAGUAUCAUCGACCCCGAGAGUAACACGCCGUACCCGGAGGGUCUCGGCAUGGAAAAGGAUAAGCCGUACCGCUGUGAGGUCUGCGGGAAGAGAUACAAGAAUUUGAACGGUUUGAAGUACCACAGGGGGCACACCACCCACUAA